UGUUUAUUUAUUUAUAAGACUUUAUAGUUUAUAUAAGAUUAUUUUUACGUGAAAUGCUAUUAAACUAAUUUUGUUUAAAAUGAGUCAAAAUAAUUAUCGUGGGUCUACUUUUGACUCGUCUGGUAAAAGAAGUACUGAUAUCGGUAAGGGAUUUCAUGCUGUACCUCCGCCUGCCCUGGAUGCUUUUAGGAAAACCAACAAAGCAAAUGCGAAUAUGCCGGGUGUAAAUAAACAAGGCUACACAACGAUGAAUGCAAUUUCGCAUAAUGCUAUUACGGCAGGAAUGGGAAUAACGAGAAAAAGGGCCAAAACUGAAGACGAAUAUUUUGAUGAAAUUGAAGACGAUUCUACUCCUAGUGGUAGUGAUUUAGCAUAUAUUCCUGCACCUGGAAGUCCCUCAUGUAAAAUGUCUCAAAAUGAUGAUUCUGAUUCAGAAGAAGAUCCAUUGGAUGCUUUUAUGGCUGGAAUAGAAAAACAAGUUAAAAAGGAGAAAGCUUCUGUUAGUACAUCUGAAUUAGCAGUUAAUAAAAAGAAAGGUGUUAGAGAUGAUAUUGAUGAAGAAGAUGUUGAAGAAUCAUAUUACAGAUAUAUGGAAGAAAAUCCCAAUGCUGGUGUUAUUGAUGAGGGUUCCGAUGUUGAAAUAGAAUAUGAUGAAGAUGGAAACCCCAUUGCUCCUCCUAAAAAAAGGCAUAUUGACCCUCUUCCAGCGAUUGAUCACUCAGAAAUCGAUUAUUGCUCAUUUGAAAAAAAUUUCUAUAUUGAACAUGAAGAUAUUCAAAAUCUGGACAAAAAUCAAGUUGAUGAUCUCAGAAGUACUUUGGGCAUUAAGGUUUCUGGACCGAGUCCACCAAAGCCAGUAACAAGUUUUGGUCAUUUUGGGUUUGAUGAAUCCUUGAUGAAGGCAAUAAGAAAAGCUGGUUAUACGCAACCUACUGCAAUUCAGGCUCAAGCUGUACCUGCAGCUCUUGGAGGGCGAGAUGUAAUAGGUAUAGCUGUUACUGGCAGUGGAAAAACAGCAGCCUUUUUAUGGCCUAUGUUGGUUCAUAUUAUGGACCAAAAGGAACUUGCUCCAGGAGAUGGUCCUAUUGGGCUAAUUCUUGCUCCCACUCGAGAGCUAUCUAUGCAGAUUUAUAAUGAAGCAAGAAAAUUUGGUAAGGUGUACAAUAUCAAUGUUAUUUGUUGCUAUGGUGGUGGAUCUAAAUGGGAACAAUCAAAAGCUUUGGAAGAAGGAGGGGCUGAAAUUGUUGUUGGAACACCAGGCAGAUUAAUAGAUAUGGUUAAAAUGAAGGCUACUAAUCUUACCAGAGUUACAUAUCUUGUUUUGGAUGAAGCUGACAGGAUGUUUGAUAUGGGCUUUGAACCACAAGUUCGUUCAAUAUGUGAUCAUGUUAGGCCAGACCGACAAGCAUUACUGUUCAGCGCAACUUUCAAGCGUAAAGUGGAAAAAUUAGCCCGAGAAGCAUUGACCGAUCCAGUUAGGAUUGUUGCUGGUGGUGAAGUUGGUCUGGCCAACCAAGAUGUGGAACAAAGAGUUCUGGUAAUUCCUCAACCUGCACAUGAACGGAAAUGGGCAUGGUUACUAAAUCACAUUGUAGAAAUGAUGUCUGCUGGAAGUGUUUUGGUGUUUGUUACAAAAAAGAGUGACGCUGAGCAAGUGGCAAAUAAUUUUAAAUUAAAAGAAUUUGAUGUUCUCUUAUUACAUGGUGAUAUGGAACAAGCAGAAAGAAAUAAGGUGAUUACGUCCUUCAGGAAACAAGAAGUUCCUAUAAUGGUUGCUACAGAUGUUGCUGCUAGGGGUUUGGAUAUUCCACAUAUUAAGACUGUUGUGAAUUAUGAUAUUGCACGAAAUAUAGACACACAUACUCACAGAGUUGGAAGAACAGGCAGAGCUGGUGAAAAAGGUGUAGCUUAUACCUUGAUGAGUGAAAAAGAUAAGGAAUUUGCUGGACACAUAGUUAGGAAUCUAGAAGGAGCAAAUCAGGAAGUACCCAAAGAAGUGAUGGAUUUAGCUCUACAAAGUUCAUGGUUCAGGAAAUCAAGAUUUAAACAAGGUAAAGGAAAAAAAUUGAAUGUUGGAGGCGUCGGAUUGGGUUUCAAAGAACGUCCAGGAAUGCGAACUUCAGAAGAUACUGGCACAAAUAAUUCCUAUGAAAGAGCUAUUAUUAAACCACCUAAAGGACCUGCUACAAGCAGACUUUCUGCAAUGAAAGAAGCUUUCAAAUCCCAAUAUACCAGUCAGUUUAAAGCGUCGACUGAUCACUCUUGGGAAAAUAAUGUGCAACCGCAAUUUGUACCACCAUUAGCUCCAGAGCCAUUGCCUAUUCAAGAUAAUAAUAAACGCAAAGCUAAAAAGAGCAGAUGGGAAUAA